AUGUUUAAACUAUUCUUAUUAGUUUUAUUUGUUUGUGUUUGUUACGGGAACGAAGUUAGAUACAGAAGGAACGAAAAAAGAUGCAGAAUCCCGUUAAACUCUCAAAACAGGAAACAAUGUCGAAGUAUUAUGAAGCAAGCGUACGUUCAGUACUCCUACAAACUUUCACGAUUUGACCAAUCUGCUUUGAAAAAUUCUAAAAUGGGCACUAGCACCGCCAAGUGUCCAACAAUGACUGAAAGUUACGUCAUAAACGAAAAUUCCCCGACGGCGAGAAGCACAUCGCCUUACGUCACAGAACUAGUUUAUGACAACAAACGAAUACCAAGAUAUCUCCCUCAAAGUAAAUGCUUGUGUAGCGGGUGCAUUGCUUCUAGUAAUGGUAGAGAGACUCUUGUUGGGAAGUCGGUGCCUUUAGUUGCGCAAAUCAAAGUUAUGAGAAGAAAUAAAACAAACAGUUAUUCUGUUGUAACAGAAGAUGUAACAAUAGGCUGUACCUGCGUGCUCAAUGUGUAA